AUGCUGUACGGGCGCACGCCGUUCCGGGGGCGGAGCCGGCGGGAAACGUUCCAUCGCGUCCUCACCGCGCUGCCGGAGCUGCCCUGCGAGCCGACGCCCCUGCGCGACCUCAUCGCGUGCCUCCUGGAGAAGGAUCCCAGGAAGCGGCUCGGCGCGCACGGCGUCAAGCGGCAUGCUUUCUUCCGUGGCGUCGACUGGGACCGCGUUCUCAAUGUGGAGCGCCCGCCGUUCAUCCCUGCACCGGAAGACGACGACGACGUUGUCGCAGUGGCCGAGGUGGUGGCGCUGGACGUGGAGAAGGUCGUGCAUGAGGUGUUCGCCUCGACCGGCAGACGCAGCCGAAGGAGGUUGGCAGAGAGGGAGGGAGGGAGAGAUGAUGAUUUCUCCAUAUUUUUCUGA